AUGCCAUCAGUAGCAGUUAUAGGAUCAGGAUUGGUUGGAUGUCUUACAGCGUUAGCGCUAGGACAUCGUGGACAUGAGGUUACAUUGGUUGACAUGAGGCCAGACCCAAGAUUGGCUGAUAAAUCCGAGAAGAAUUUAAGAUCAAUCAAUUUAGCUGUCAGUGACCGUGGCAUCCGUGCGUUGAAAUUUGUGGAUCCCAAUAUGGCGGAGAGAGUCUUAGAUGGGAUUAUCCCAAUGUAUGGUCGUAUGAUUCACCCAUUGAAUGGUGAACCAGAAAGUCAGAUAUACGGUUUAUUUGGUGAGAGUAUCAAUUCUAUUGAUAGGGCAAAAUUGAAUGAAAACCUGCUGGAUGAGAUUGAGAUGUUCAACAAAGGGAGUGAUAAGCCGAUCAAGUUGGUUUUCAACAAGAAAACUGAAAAGAUAUCUUUCAAAAAUGGGUUAGCACAAGUUGAUGGUGAAACUUUUGAUUUUGUUGUUGGAUGUGAUGGUUCAUAUUCCAAUACACGUUAUCAAAUGCAAAAAUAUGUUAGAAUGAACUAUAGCCAAGAAUACAUUGAUAAAUGUUAUUUGGAGUUGUACAUUCCGCCUGGGCCAAAUGGGAGCUUCUCUAUUGAUGCUAAUCAUCUACAUAUCUGGCCACGUAAAGAGUUUAUGUUGAUUGCUUUGGCAAAUAGUGAUGGUUCAUUUACAUCAACUUUUUUUGGGCCAUGGGGAUUAACGGAGUCACUGAAUAAACGGGAGACGAUUGAAGAUUUCUUUACAAGGAAUUUUCCUGAUGCAGUGGAACUUAUUGGUAUAGAUAAUAUUGUCAAUGUGUUUUUAAAGAACCCAAAGGGUGCACUCAUGCAAGUUACGUGCAACAAGUACAACUAUGAAGAUAAAUGUAUUAUCCUUGGAGACGCAUCACAUUCUAUGGUUCCAUUCUAUGGGCAAGGUAUGAACUGCGGAUUUGAAGAUGUUCGUAUACUUAUGGAAUUACUUGAUAGUAAGCCAACACGCAGAGAGGCAUUUGACGAGUAUACUAGAGCCAGACAUGAAGACUUGAAGUCGAUUCUUAAGCUUGCCCUUGACAACUAUAGAGAAAUGUCUACAAAAGUCAUUUCCUCUGCAUACUUGUUCAGGAAAACCCUGGAUGGUAUUUUGGGCCGUAUGAUUCCAUCUUUGUGGGUACCAAUGUACACCAUGGUUUCAUUCCGUGGCGACAUUCCGUACAGGGAGUGUAUUAGAAGAGAGAGGAGACAAACCCGGAUCUUAAAGGCCAUCGAAUGGAGUGUCAUUGCUACUAUUGGUAUUUCUGCCUACUGUAAAUGGAGAAAAAACUAA